UUUAAAAAUAUUUUUACAGCAUUGAAAAUUAAAGUUAUCGAAAGGGAGCUAUUUUCUCAUCAUGUAUGGCAAACUAUGAAAAUCCACUUUACUUGGAACAAUUAGAUUGGCAGUUUUUAAAGCUGAAUCAAGAGAACUCUCUCAUUUUUUGUUUGUUUACAGCUGAGCAAUCAUACUGCUUUGACAAGUGACAAACAAACCAAUUGUAGCUACAGAUUAUUCACUCUAAACUGCGUUUAAUUUACUUUGUAUCCUAACAAACCGAGCAUUUCAUCUUUCUCACUGCGACGCUGCAACACCAUAGUUUCUUUGAGACCCGUUUCCUUGAUCCGCGUGCAGCAAUACGAACCCUCAUUUUACACUGAGAUAACGUGUUGAAGUCGUAAACCAUGAAUGGAAAAUUGUUGACGGUUUUGCUGCUCUGCUUUAUACUAAGCAAUGAUGAAGCAACGGGCUCCGCCCUCAGAAAAAAAAGACAAGGCUCUUUUAACCCUGGUCUCAGGCCAGGAUGUCCCAAGCCGGGGAUAGGACUUUGUGUUGAAGGAUGUGGAGAUGGUAAGGAAUGCAGAGAUGGUAAGAUAUGCUGCUUCAACGGCUGCGGACACACAUGCGUUAAUCGAGGUAAUAGUUAUUUUUUAUCAGUAGUACUGUAUUAGCUAAGCUAUUUGACAAUCAUUCCACGAGCGCGCGUUGGAUGUGAGAUGGUAGAUAACCAACGAGGCGCGUAGUUCCGAGUGG